AUCUGUGAGGUGGGCCUGCCGGAGGGGCUGAUGCCACCAUUCCGGGAGCCUUGGUGGUGGGGAGAGGACAUCUGAGCAGCAGCUUCUCCACACGGACUCCAGCUCCAUGGCCGCCCGCCUCCUCCUCCUGGGCAUCCUCCUGCUGCUGUUACCCCCACCAGCCCCCGCCCCCUGCCACACGGCCGCACGCUCGGAGUGCAAGCGCAAGUACAAGUUAGUGCCCGGUUCGUGGCUGGCCGGGGAGGGUGUAGAUGUGACCAGCCUCCGCCGCUCUGGCUCCUUCCCAGUGGACACACGUAGGUUCCUGCGGCCUGAUGGCACCUGCACCCUCUGUGAAAAUGCCCUAGAGCCAGGCGCACUCCAGCGCCUGCCCCUGGCAGUCACCAACUGGCAUGCCCAGGGCUCUGGCUGCCAGCGCCGCGUGGCCAAAGCCAAAGCCAGCUCCACUGAAGCUGUGGCUCGGGAGGCGGCCGGCACCAUCCGCAACGACUGGAAGAUCGGGCUGGACGUGACUCCCCACCCCAGCAGCAACGUGCACGUGUCUGUGGCCGGCUCACACUCCCAGGCAGCCAACUUCGCGGCCCAGAAGACCCACCAGGACCAGUACAGCUUCAGCACUGACUCGGUGGAGUGUCGUUUCUACAGUUUCCACCUGGUGCACAAGCCCCCCCUCCACCGCGAUUUCAAGAGGGCCCUCAGGGACCUGCCUCCCCACUUCAACGCCUCCACCGAGCCCAGCUACCUCAGGCUCGUCUCCAACUACGGCACCCACUUCAUCCGGGCCGUGGAGCUGGGCGGCCGCAUCUCGGCCAUCACCGCCCUGCGCACCUGCGAGCUGGCCCUGGAGGGGCUCACGGCCAACGAGGUGGAGGACUGCCUGAACAUGGAGGCCCAGGUCAGCAUAGGCAGCCACGCCAGCUCCUCGGCUGAAUCCAAAGCCUGUGAGGAGAAGAAGAAGCAGCACAAGAUGACGGGCUCCUUCCACCAGUCCUACCGGGAGCGCCACUCCGAAGUGGUCGGCGGCCACCACGCCUCCCUGCACGACCUGCUGUUUGGGAACCAGGCGGGGCCCGAGCAGUUCUCAGCCUGGGUGGCCUCGCUGGCUGGCAGCCCCGGCCUGGUGGACUACACGCUGGAGCCGCUGCAUUUGCUCCUGGAGAGCCAGGACCCGCGGCGGGAGGCGCUGAGGCAGGCCGUGAGCAAGUACCUGACCGACAGGGCACGCUGGAGGGACUGCAGCCGGCCGUGCCCCCCAGGGCAGCAGAAGAGCCCCCACGAUCCGUGCCAGUGCGUGUGCCCCAGCUCCGAGGUCACCACUCGGGACUGCUGUCCACGGCAGAGGGGCCUGGCCCAGCUGGAGGUGACCCAGGUCCAAGCAUGGAAUCUGUGGGGUGACGGGAUCACUGCUACUGACGCCUACUUAAAGGUCUUCUUUGGUGGCACAGAGCGGAGGACAAACAUCGUGUGGAACAAUAACAACCCCCACUGGACAAAAGGGGUGGACUUUGGGAAUGUGCUCCUGGCCACAGGGGGGCCCCUGAGGGUGCAGGUCUGGGAUGCAGACAGUGGCUGGGACGAUGACCUCCUUGGUACCUGUAACGAAACUCCAAAGUCUGGUUCCCACGUGGUGAAAUGCAACCUGAACCACGGUCAGCUGCAAUUCCACUACCAUGCCAGGUGCUUGCCCCAUUUGGCGGGGGGAACCUGCCUGGAGUACGCCCCGCAAGGGCUUCUGGGAGAGCCUCCAGGAAACCGGAGUGGGGCCGUGUGGUGAGAACGGCGAGCUUUGAGGGGACCGUAUGCUUGGCUGAACAGGUUCUCCCAGGGGGAGCCGGGCCAGUCUUCCUAUUCCCAUUAGGCAGAUGGAAAACUGAGGCUCAGACUGUUUUUUACUGCAAGUGGCUGAAUUUAGCGACCAACCCUGAGUCUCCCUGACCAGCCUGCCUUAGCCCUCCAGUGUCCCCGAGUCCUCAGUCUCUGCUUCACAGCCACAGCUUCGGCCAGGAGCUGGGCAGAGGCCCCCGGCCGUUCCCACCAAGCUGCCCAGUGCCCCUCUCUUCAGAACCCCCCCUGAGUCCUUUCUGGGGAGCCCCUGCAGCCCCACUUGCUCUGUUUGCUGUCUUCUCUGCCCACCGCACUUUGCCACUCAGACGAAUCAAAGGCUAUCCUGUCCUGUCUCACUGUGUCCCAGGUUGACAGAGGGCCAAUAAAUAUGAUGUGAUGGUGUCCCUGACGGUGGUGGUGUGGCAGAGGCGAGGACGGGGACCACACACACCCUCGAGAUAAACUUCCACAUUAGCAACCCACAGAAAACAGGCAGGCAGGCAGGCAAGGUAAAGAAACUGUUUUUCCACUUUUUUUGGAAAUGGGGGACCAAAAAUAUUUUACUUUCUUCAUGGCUCUCUGACUCAAGAGACAGCAGCACAGACUUGGUGGUAAAUGGUGAUGCACAUUCGGCUCCCAGCUGAAAGGCAAGAGGGAACUGCAGGGCACCCGUCUUAUAUACACGGGAGGCUGCGGCUCCGUCCGGAGGAACAUUCCAUGCAGGAACGGGAGCCCAGCGCUGCCAGGUCUUCUCGUGUUUUAAAAUAACCAGAAACCCCACUCUGACUUCUAGCAGUGGCAGUUAAUAUUUCACUUUGUGAAAAUAAACCU